AUGACGAAGGACGAGAUCUUUUGCGAGAAGUUAUUCGUUCAAACACAUUCACGUACCAAAGAAGGUCGUUUUGUAGUUAGAUUGCCUCUUCGCAGCAAUCCUGAAUUUAUAAGCUCCCGAAAUAUUGCAGUGGCUUGUUUAUUACGCUCUGAGAAACGUCUUCGUAGCAAUCCAGACCUCGCAGAGUCGUAUCGUAAAUUCAUCGAGGAAUACAUCGAAUUACAACACAUGAAGCUCGUUUCGUCAGAAGAGCUUGAUCGCCCGUGUUAUUAUCUCCCGCAUCAUGCUGUGAUACGACCUGAGAACCCGAGCAAGAUACGUGUUGUUUUCAAUGCGUCGCAACGGACUUCAAACGGUCUUUUGUUGAAUGAUCACCUGUUGCCUGGCCCCAAGCUUCAGGCUGAUAUUCUUCAAGUAAUAACUCAAUGGCGCUUUUAUAAAUUUGUUUUCACUACAGACGUCGUGCAGAUGUUAAGACAGAUCUUGGUGCAUUCUGACGAUGUGGACUGGCAACGAGUAUUAUGGCGCUCAUCAACUGAUCAGCCCAUUCGUGAUUAUAAGUGUGUUACAGUAACUUAUGGUACAUCAUCGGCCCCAUACUUGGCUCUAAAGGUCAUGCAGCAGCUAGCAGUGGAUGGUGCAGAAUCUUACCCACUUGCGUCCGAGAUAUUACGACACAAGCUCUACGUCGAUGACCUCUUUGCAGGCGCUGACACGAUCGAGGCAGCACAAGAGUGCCGAGAUCAACUUAUACAACUUCUGGCCUCCGCUGGUAUGUCCUUGUCUAAGUGGGCUACAAACGAUUCAAGGGUUCUGCAAGGUCUAGCUUCAGUCUCAGCUAAGGAGAUAAGUUUAAAGCUCGAUGAGGUAAUAUCAACUCUAGGCCUGAAGUGGCUACCUAAUCUUGAUGUUUUCACAUUCACCACCAAGCCCGUCUCUGUUAAUGGUGAAGUUACUAAGCGAUCUAUCUUGUCUGUGAUUGCUCGUCUGUUUGACCCGCUCGGAUGGUUGGCCCCGACAAUGGUAAUUGCCAAAAUAAUUUUACAGGAUCUUUGGCUCAACAAUCUCGACUGGGACUCACCGGUGCCUGAGGCUAUUAAUUAUCGCUGGGCAAGCUUUCGCAAUGAGCUCCGAGAAGUCUCGCUCAUACGGAUACCCCGCUGGCUCGGAGGAAACGAGAAGGACGAAUGGCACUUGCAUGGCUUUGCUGACGCGUCAAAGAGAGCGUACGCAGCAGCCUUAUACGCAGUGACACCAGGCCAAGCUGUGCAUCUACUCUUAGCCAAGACCAAGUUGGCUCUCACGAAGGUACAGACGCUCCCCAGGCUCGAGCUGUGCGGCUAUACUCUCUUAGCUCGCCUGGUCCAACACUUGCUGGAAAAUGUACCAACAAAGCCAAUCAGUAUCAACUGCUGGACAGAUGGUAUGGUCGUCUUGAAGUGGUUGAAGAGUCAUCCCUCUCGAUGGCCUAGUUUCGUGGCUAACAGAACCAGCGAAAUACUCACCGGACUGCCUGCAGCAGUGUGGCGGCAUGUAAGAUCCGGAGAUAGUCCUGCAGACUGUGCUACACGUGGCUUAACUCCGGCUGCUCUCGCAAAGUACGAUGUUUGGUGGAGGGGACCGAAAUGGCUGAUACAAGAAGAAAGUAUCUGGCCCUCUCUCACAUCGCCCAAGAUGCCUGACCAAGUGAAGCUCCUAGCCUCUGCAAUUCAGAGAAAGCCGCCCGAAAAUUUGAAGCAAGCUGUGAACCCUGAAUGUCUUCCGUCGCUUCAAAAGUUCUGCUUUGCCAAAAUCAUCAGGAUUAUCGCCUACUGCUGCCGUUGGCGCUUACGUACCGUGCAUAAGCAAUUGAUGCUACCAGACGUGCCUCUAGCAGGCGAGGAGCAGAGAUUAGCAAAGACUUAUUGCUUUAGAGCAAUUCAACUACAGCAUCACCAAACCGAGAGGCAAAAUUUGGCAGAUGGUCAAACUACCUCAAAACGCAGUCCAUUAAGUCGGCUUAGUCCCUUUCUCGAUGACCUGGGCCUCAUUCGAGUAGGAGGAAGACUCUAUCACUCGUCGCUGCAUUACAGUGAGAUGCACCCCAUCAUUUUACCAGGCAGCUGUCAAUUUGUAAAGUGA